CGCGGAAGUCGUGACGUCACCGCGGUCAGCUGACGGCUCGCGUCACGUGACCGCUGGCAGCUCGUUGAGGACAACGGCGGCGGUCGGGGCAGCAGAGGAGAGAGCAUCCCCCAUGCGGACCGCGACGAGCAACGCGCAGAGCCGGGGGGCGCCCAGGCCCCUGGUCUGCCUCUCGCUGCUGGCGCUGCUGCUGGAGGCGAGGACCAGCCAGGGCUCCGUGCUGCCGCUGGAGCCCGAUCAGCCUCUCGGGGCCCCAGAUGGGUGGCAUCCCCUGGGCGAUGUGGCCCCCGACUCGGAGGUGGAGUUGACCUUUGCACUGAAGCAGCAGAACGUGGAGGCUCUUCUCGCUGUGGUGGAUCGCGUGUCUGACCCGACCUCGGAGAACUAUGGCCGUCACCUGUCGCUGGACGAGGUGGGGGAGCUGGUACGUCCGAGCGAGGAGACGGAGCGCACCGUGCGGAGCUGGCUGGCGGUGCACGGGGUGACCCAGUGUAACUCGGUGCUCACGCACGACUUCCUUCUGUGCUCCAUGUCGGCUCGGGUGGCACACCGCGUGCUCCCGGGAACGCGCUUCCAGCGGUUUGAGCGCGACGACGGGCACACGGUGGUGCGCUCCCUCUCCGCCUACACGCUGCCCACGUCGCUCGCCGCUUGCCUCGAUUUCGUUGGGGGGGUCCACCGUUUCCCGUCGUGGCACCCCCGCGGCGUGCGGAUCCCACCCCUGCACGGCGGGGCUGCCCCCAACGUGUCGUUCCACCUGGGCGUGAACCCCAGCGUCCUGCGGCAGCGCUACAACCUGAGCGCCGCCGACGUCGGCUCCCACCCCAACAACAGCCAGGCGGUGGCGCAGUUCCUGGAUCAGUACUUCCACGCGUCGGACCUGUCGGAGUUCAUGGCUCUGUUUGGGAAGGGCUUCCCACACCAGAGCCGGGUGAGCCGGGUGGUGGGGCCCGACCAAGGCUUCCGCGCCGGCCUGGAGGCCAGCCUGGACAUCGAGUACAUCAUGAGUCUGGGUGCCAACAUCUCCACCUGGUUCUGGAGCACUCCAGGCCGGCGCGAGACGCAGGAGCCGUUCCUGCAGUGGCUGUUGGCGCUGAGCAACACGUCGUCCGUGCCGUGGGUGCACACGGUGAGCUACGGCGACGACGAGGACAGCCUGUCUCGCGCGUACAUGACGCGCGUGUCCAACGAGCUCGCCAAGGCCGGCGCGCGUGGCAUCUCCGUCCUCUUCGCGUCCGGAGAUUCAGGCGCCGGCUGCCGAGAGGUUUCCAAGGAUGUGGACACCUUCCGGCCCAGCUUCCCAGCCUCCAGUCCGUACGUCACCACAGUGGGGGGCACCUCCUUUAAGGACCCCUUCAAGGUCACGGAGGAGGUCUCGGACUACAUCAGCGGCGGUGGCUUCAGCAACGUCUUUGCACGGCCGCCCUACCAGGAGGUCGCCGUGAAGCGCUACCUGGCGAACACGAAGCCCCUGCCGCCGGCGUCCUACUACAACACGAGUGGGCGCGCCUACCCGGACGUGGCGGCACUCUCCAGCAACUACUGGGUGGUCGCCAACCUGGUGCCCAUCCCCUGGGUGUCCGGCACAUCGGCCUCGACGCCCGUGUUUGGCGGGAUCGUGGCGCUGGUAAACGACCACCGCCUCCAGCAUGGCCUCCCAGCGCUCGGCUUCCUCAACCCCCUCCUGUAUGCACUGGGCAACGGCCGGGGGCCAAACACCGCCAUUUACGACGUAAUGUCUGGGUGCCACCUGGGCUGCCUGGACGAGCAGAGCCAGCUGGUGGGCUUCUGUGCCACGCCAGGGUGGGACCCGGUCACGGGCUGGGGGACCCCCAACUACCCGGCGCUGCUCAAAGCGCUGCUCAGAGGGACCGCCCGGCAGUGACGCACGCGGACGUGCGGGGGCGGCUUCACGACCUUAACGCCUACACAGCUCGCACUCGCCAUCGCGCUACAGGCUUACCACAGUCCCACGUGCUCACACACUCCCACGCUCUCACCGGGCUGUCACUGACGGACUCGCACGCUCACCACAAUCGCACCGAGGUACUCCCACACUUCGCCACGAUCACACUGUUAUACACUCACACAAUCCCAAUGUCACGGUCUUACAAAACCAUACACACAGACUCGCACUGCACACACGCACAAAAUACUUUCAAACACUACCUUGCAAACUGCCUCCUAGCCACUGUGUCAUGUUAUUAAGCAGUCUUUGGAACUGCAGAAUUUUUGCCUGAUGCCGCUCCUGGCCCCUGUAUUCACGUGCAUGCCACCGUGUGUGUGAUUUCCUCAUGAAGCCGGUCAGGGCUCCCCACGAAUCCUUAAACGCAGCACAUUGAGUCCCGGGUCACCACAUCCAUGUUGAAAAGCCACAGCAAACCUGCCGACCUAACCCAUUUCAGCGUGAGGCUACCGAUCUUUAAACCAAUUUACUGCGGACUGGUUAUCGAAGCAAAUCGUACUGCUUUGUACAUUUUUCUUAAAUUACAUUUAUCUUUGAAAUCAAGAUUCGGCAAAAGGGUUUAGCGAUUGUAGCGUUGUGGUAGGGCACGGUGCGUGCCAGCUGCUGUUAGAUCGGCGGCACUGCCAAGCCCCAACAAUCGCUCAGUCAGCCCCGAGGUCAAGCGGUCGGAAACCAAAACAAUAGCCAUUUUUUUCGAAUUUGGAAAAAAAAACACCCUCAAUAUUCUAGAUUUGAAGUUUUCAUGACUGCAAGGAUCCAUACUCUUUGGUUCUUUCGGUAAAGUCACGUAGGUGGAAAUGAAAAUGAAAAUAAAAAUAACUAAAUUAAAUCACAACGUUUCGGAGGCAACACAAGCGUCCGUCAUCAGGUGGGACAACCACAGCAACAACAAAACCCAGAAUUACUGUCGUGGGCAGUCAUUCAGUUAUUUUUUUGCUGUGGUUGUCCCACCUGAUGACGGAAGCUUGUGUUGCCUCCGAAAUGUCGUGAUUUAAUUUUUAUUAUUUUAUUUUUACCUACCCUCAAUAUAUCAAGAGCACGUGAUUAUGAGACGAUCCUUAAUAAAGAACGUCAGGAAACAAUCCUUAAAAAAACCCGCAUGCGGCUCCAGAGCCACAGGUUGCCGAGUGUCGUGGCUUCGCUGGAUGAAGACUGCAGUUUGAACUGGGCGCGUCUGGCCUCGUUCAUUAUUGACAUCCAAACACAUUUCCAAUUCUCCGGCUGUCCAAGGCUUGACCUGGACAUGCUGUGAAUUUGCAUGCCUUCCUAAACCCUGGUGGGGAUGAACGAUCUCAGCUGGUGAAGGUCUGAAGGGACAGUGGCCAGGGCCGCACUACCGUGGACCUGCUCGGGGCGCAUUCGAUGAUGAGGAACUGCUUCUUGUCCGCUGGCUUUUGCAGACACACUCGUUUCUUCUCCUGCCUCGGGUAACGUUGGUUUGCGCCGAUGUAGAUGUUUAUACUUGACGGGAUUUAACGGAGGUGUGACCUCUGGGGUGGUGGUGCGAUUCGAGACUUACGCAAUAAAAGCUAAUUUGUUGGGUGAAAGAUUUUA